AUGGCCGACCCAACCACCUCGCCCCCGCUGACCCGCACGUCCGUGUUCGCGGCGCGCGAGCUGAUCCAGCCGUUCGUGCACCGGACGCCGGUGGUAACGAGCCGGUCGCUGUCGGCGCUCGCGUCGUCGGUAUCGCCGUGGACGUCGUCGCGGCCGUCGGCGGCGCUGCCGACGGCGUCGACCUUCGGGCCCGGGGAGAAGAAGGAGGAGGAGGGGAAGGAGAAGGAGGACUCCUCGGAGGGGGCCGGUCCCGGCCCGGCCGCGCAGCCGCCCCCGACGCUGCGCCUCUGGUUCAAGUGCGAGAACUUCCAGCGCGUCGGCGCGUUCAAGGCCCGCGGCGCCUUCCACGCCAUCGAGCGCCUCAAGCGCGAGCCCGGCUGGCUCGAGGGCGGCGGCCCCGAGAGGGGCGUCGUCACGCAUAGCUCUGGCAACCACGCGCAGGCCCUCGCCCUCGCCGCCCGCACCAACGGCAUCCCGGCGCACAUCGUAAUGCCGUCCAUCUCGGCGCCGCCCAAGAUCGCCGCGACGCGGGGGUACGGCGCGCGGGUCGUCUUCAGCGGCAGCACGAGCAGCGAGCGCGAGGCCGCGACCGCGCUGGUCGUCGAGCGCACGGGCGCGCGCCUCGUCCCGCCGUACGACCACCCGGACAUCGUGCUGGGGCAGGGCACGCUGGGGCUCGAGUUCCAAGAGGACGUGGCGGCGCAGCUGGCCUCGGCCGGCGGGCCCCCCUACGCAGACGCCGCCCCCCCGCUGGCGGAGCGGCGCCUCGACGCCAUCCUCGCGCCCUGCGGCGGCGGCGGCAUGCUCGCGGGGGUCGCGCUGGCCUGCGAGGGCACGGGCGUCCGGGUGUUCGGGGCGGAGCCGUCGCGCGGCGGCGCCGACGACGCCCGGCGCGGGUUCGCGCGCGGCGAGCGCGUGACCGCCGUGUCGUCGCUGACCGUCGCUGACGGCCUGCGCACGCCGAUGGGCCGCGUGCCCUGGGCCGUCGCGUACGAGCGCCGCCUCGUCGCCGGCGUGUACAGCGUCGGCGACCGCGCCAUCCGCCGCGCCCUGCGCCUCGCCUACGAGCGUCUCAAGCUCGUCCUCGAGCCCAGCGCCGCCGUCCCCCUCGCCGUCGCCCUCUUCGACCCCGACUUCCGCGCCAUGGCCGCCCGCGAGGCCGGCCCCCGCGGCUGGGACCUCGGCAUCGUCCUCAGCGGCGGCAACGUCGACCUCGACGCCCUCGCCCAGCUGCUCGCCCUCGAUGGCGACGACGACGACGACGACGACGCCGAGGAGGAGGAGAAGGUGGUGGAGGAUACAACUACUGCCACUGCUACUUAG